AUGUACGUAGACGAUAUUUUAUCGGGGGGAGAAUCUAUUGAAAGGGCGCAGGAACUUCAACGCCAAAUAAUAGCCAUGCUACAUAGCGGUACAUUUCAACUUCGCAAAUGGGCGGCCAACAAUCCGAAGCUGCUCGAAAACAUUCCAACAGAACACAAAGCAACACAUGGUGUGUUGCACCUCAACGCAAAGGAAACCAUAAAAACUUUGGGCCUAUCAUGGAACCCAGCGACUGACAAUUUCGAAUUCAAUCUAAAUUUUAAACUUCCAAGUGGUGGCGCCACAAAACGGAGCAUUUUGUCAACUACAGCGCGUUUAUUCGAUCCGCUCGGCUGGGUUAAUCCGGUAAUAGUUACAGGGGAAAUCAUCAUGCAACAAUUAUGGUCAUUGAAACUUGGCUGGGAUACACCAGUGCCAGGCGAUAUACAAACUCCUUGGAAGCGGUUUAUAGAGGAGCUACCUAAUAUCUCCCAAAUACGUCUUCCACGUUGGUUGGAUACUGGUGCCACUAAUCCGGCUAAGGAGCUACACGUGUUCUGCGACGCGUCUACACUUGCAUAUUCAGCAACAGCCUAUCUACGAGCGCGCGAUGAUGGCGGAAAAUGGUGCACCAGUCUACUACUGGCGAAGUGCAAGGUUGCCCCCAUUAAACCGAAAAUUACUAUCCCACGAGCGGAGUUAUGUGGAGCGCUUCUUGCAGCAAGGCUUGUUCAGUUUUUGCAGAGACACCUGCGCCUUCCUAUCGAUAAUUCACGCAUACAUUUUUGGACGGAUUCAAUGAUUGUUUUGGGAUGGAUUCGUGGAGAUCCCAAUCGUUGGAAAAUUUUCGUAUCUAAUCGUAUCAAUAAAAUUUUGGAAGUUUCGGAGGAAGGUCAGUGGCGAUACGUUGCAUCAGAGGAUAAUCCGGCUGAUUGUUCUAGUCGAGGACUAAGUUCACUGAAACUAGCGCGAUAUCAGUUAUGGUGGCGCGGACCAUCUUGGCUGAGUUUACCAGCAAGUGAAUGGCCAAAUCACAAUAUUACUGAAAACGUUACUGUUAAAUCUGAGGAAUGUCAAGCGAAGUAA